AUGUCCAAAACGCACGUCUUCAUAGUUGGCGCUUCUGGAUAUACUGGAGGGGCAAUCGCCAACGCGCUUCUGGAGGCAGGGACCUUCCGCCUGUCGAUUUUGGUCAGAGAGGCAUCCGUCAACAAACCCGCUAUAAAGCACCUCAGAGAGGCCGGGGCUGAGGUCGUGAUAGGAGAUACCUCUGAGUCCCCCGAGAAGCUAGAAACCUACCUCAAGGGAGUAGACGUCUUGAUCUCUACGGUCCUCAUCAUGGUGGAUCAGAGGCCCUUGAUUUUGGCAGCUAAGAAGGCCGGCGUCGGGCGCGUGGUUCCCUCCGACUUUGGCCCGACCGCUCCCAGGGGUGUCAUGGAAAUGCACGAUCGCAAACUUGGGAUCCGUGAGUACGUAAAGGAACUUGGUAUUCCACAUACCUUCAUUGAGGAUGGGUGGUGGUUGCUAUGGAUGUUUCCCCCUUUGCAUUCGGCGAGAAAUACGGUCACGAGUCAGAAAGCAUACGCGGGCAACCGCUCCCAAAAGCUCAUAUAUUCGACAUUGCCAACCAUCGGUAAGAUGGUCGCGCGCAUUAUCGUCGACCCGCGAACCUUGAACCAGACCGUCGUUGCCCAUGAUGGGGAAAUCAGCAUCGACGAGACAUGGAAGAUUGCGGAAAAGGUCACCGGAGAAGAUUUCUCCGACUACCCCAGGAUAUCUGAUGAAGAGAUAGAGGGAGGAUGUCAGCAGACGGACAAUUGGGUGAAAAAAGUCGCCGCUCAGUAUCAAAGGACUUUGUUCAUUCGCGGAGACAACACCCUUUCGAAGGCGGUAGCAUUGGGUCACCUUGAUUCAAGAAAGCUUUACGAUGACAUACCGUAUCCCGACGUCGAAGAAGUGGCGAGGAACCAUUAUAGGUCUGGUUUUGUACUUGAAUACAGUGUGCCUGAGGAACUUCUGUUGGAUGUUUUCAAGACGGUGGCGUAG